CUGAAUGGUGCUCAUCCAGACUAUGGAAUUAAGACUGAAAACAAGGAGGUUAUUCCAAAGCAGGAACUUUCUGAAGAAGAUGAAUUCAAGGGCAUAUUGUGGGCAGGACUGCAAAGGGCUGUCCCCCAGGAGCCUGAACUUGAAGAAAGCUGUGACUCCAAGGACAAUUUAGAGGAACAGAAGGGAAGUGUAGUGUUGAUGAGACUGAGACAGUCUCCCCCUUCCCAAGAGAGUGGUUUCAACCCCAUGUCUCUCUCCCAAGGGGUUGUCCCUAAGGAAGAGGGAGAACAUGAAUAUACCAAGUGUGAAAAAAGCUGUGAUCUGAGUUCAGCCCCUGUUACAAAUUGUAUAGAAACUAUAGGAGAAAGGUCCCAGAGAUGUGAUGUAUAUGACCAAAGCUUUGGACAGGAUUCAGAGCCUGUAACAAAUCAGAAUGUUAAUAAUGAAAAAAAACCCUAUGAAUGUAGUGAAUGUGACAAAGCCUUUAGUCGGCGUUCCUACUUUAUUGAACAUCAAAGGAUUCAUAGUGGUGAGAAGCCAUAUGAUUGUAGUGAAUGUGGCAAAGCCUUCAGGUGGUAUUCAGAUGUUGUCUCACAUCAGAGAAUUCACCGUGGAGAAAAACCUUACCAGUGUAAUGAUUGUAGCAAAGCCUUCAGGAAGAGCUCAGAUCUUAUUCAGCAUCAGAGGGUUCAUAGUGGGGAGAAGCCCUAUGAAUGUAGUCAUUGUGGCAAAGUCUUUGGUCGAAGCUCCAGCCUUAUUCGGCAUCAAAGAAUUCAUAGUGGAGAGAAGCCCUAUGAAUGUAAUGCUUGUGGGAAAGCCUUCAGAGAUAUCUCUACUUUUAUUAACCAUCAGAAAAUUCAUAGUGGAGAGAAACCGUAUGAAUGUGAUGAAUGUGGCAAAGCCUUCAGUCGUAGCUCAAGCCUUAUUGAACAUCAGAGAAUUCAUAGUGGAGAAAAGCCCUUUGAAUGUAAUGAAUGUGGCAAAGCCUUCAGGUGGUGCUCAGACCUGGUUCCACAUCUCAGAAUUCAUAGUGGAGAGAAACCUUUUGAAUGUAAUGAAUGUAAGAAAUCCUUUAGGAAGAGCUCAGAUCUUAUUUUGCAUCAGAGGAUUCAUAGUGGAGAGAAGCCCUAUGAAUGUAAUCAGUGUGGGAAAGCCUUCAGGAAGAGAUCUGAUCUAAUUCAGCAUCAUCGAAUUCAUAGUGGAGAGAAACCUUUUAAAUGCAAUGAAUGUGAGAAAGCUUUUAGGACACGGUCAGACCUUGUUCAGCAUCUGAGAAUUCAUAGUGAUGAGAAACCUUAUGAAUGUAAUGAAUGUGGGAAAGCCUUCAGGCAGAACUCAGACCUUAUUCAACACCAGAGAAUUCAUAGUGGAGAAAAGCCCUAUGAGUGCAACAAAUGUGAGAAAGUCUUCUGUCGAAAUUCAAGCCUCAUUCGACAUCUGAGGUCUCACAACAGAGAUUAAUUUUCAGGGUGUUGCUAUCCCCUGUCCAUGCUAGGGACCUUGGGGACAGGGCUUCAGUCUGCACAACUUCCUUCUUGUAGCAAAUGAUAAAGGUUGUUUGCAUGACUGAUAGAUCAAUAUUAAAGAGUGAAGGAACAAGACUAUCAAAAACUAAUGUUUACUACAAGUCAUCCCUGACGUUAUUAGUUUUCAGAAUGGCCUCUCAGGUCAGGGACUGAAAUGGAAGAGGAUGCAUGGACAUGCCAGGGAAAUUUCUUAUCCUCAUCACUUGUGCUGUCUGCUGUAUCCAGAGGGUAAGGAGUAGAGGGAGAGGCUCUGAAAUUCCUUAAUCCUUUUCAGCACCUCUCUUCAGUGAUGACGAUUUUGACAAUUUGACACAGUUACGGUACUGUCCUUAGUCAUCCAUUUAGAGCCCAUUAAUCUGAGUGUAAGGAGCCCUGGUCUAUCAGCCACAUGUAGGCAGGAGCCUGUGGAGUUCAGAGUCCAAUCUCAAGGACAAUUCCCUACUCCCCAGAUAAGCAGAACUAAUUUCCAUAGAUUCCCCCAAUCCUUGAGGGAAAUUAGAGCAUUCUUGGAACACCCUCCCUCCCACCACAUACUUUCUGACAGAAAUAACUCUACGGGCAACUAAUUGACCCCCUCUGUUCCCCAUAUCCCAAAUUCUUUUCUAGACAUCUAGCCUAGCUUAGUUUUUUACUUUAUCUUGACUCCUGACUUGAUCUACUUUUGCAUUAAACAUCCAUUAGAUGGUGCAUAUCUAUAGAGAAGAAGGUGGUGGUGAUGUGGCCACAUAAUCUGGGUUCAUUUGGGUUAGGGAAUUCUCACUAGGGAGAAGGAAGUAGAGUAGCUGGGGCUAAGGAUGGGGAGAGCCCACUGCAAGGGGGAGGUAGGGAGGAUAAUUAGAGCACCAGAGUGUCUCCAGCCCUCUUUCCUUUUGGCAUCUCCCAGGCCUAGAAUGGGAAAUUCCUCCCAUUAAGGCCUAACCGGUGCCACCUCCAUCUAGUGAGCUUUCAAAUUCCUCCUAGCACUUUGAUUGCACUUCUCCUUUGCACUUGUUCCACUCUCCCCUUGUAUGAUCUUUUGUGGUAUUUGUAUCCUUAUUAAUAUUGUAAACUCCUUGAGAGUAGGGUAUGGAUCAUGGAUCUCUGUAUUCCUGGUGCCAAGCACAGGGCUUUGCACAUAGUAGGUGCUUAAUUAGUGUUGGUUGACAAGACUACUUACUGAUAGAUAUGGGAUAGAAUUUUCAAGCUGGAAGGGACCUUAGAGACUACUCAAUCUAUUUUACAGAGGUCAAAACAAAGUGCAGGGAGGGGCAGCUAGAUGGCGCAGUGGAUAAAGCACCGGCCCUAGAUUCAGGAGGACCUGAGUUCAAAUCUGUCCUCAGACACUUGACACUUACUAGCUGUGUGACCCUGGGCAAGUCACUUAACCCUCAUUGCCCCACCAAAAAAAAAAAAUUAAAAAAAUUAAAAAAAAAAUUAAAAAAAAAAAAGUGCAGGGUGUCCAAGUCCCAGGCUCCUGACUGAGCAGUGCUCACUAAUAAAAAGAAUAACUGGACCUGGAGUCAGGAAAAACCUGAAAAAUCCUGCCUCUGCCACAUAUUAGUUUGACCGCGGACAAGUCACUUAAUCUCUGAGCCUCAGUUUCCUUUUCUGCAACAUGAGGAAAAUACUUAUGGUACUGGGGUUUUUUUAAGGAUCAAAUUAGAUCAUGUAUUUAAAGCACUUUGCAAAGAGCUGUUAUCAUUGGGACUCGGGUGGCCUGGGACCCCUGUUUGGUAAUUGACUUAACCUGAGGCCUUGAGCAAGUCCCACCCCACCCCUUUCCUUUUGCCCUCUAUAAAAUGAAGGAUUUGGAAUUGGUGAACUCAAAGUUAGCUUUGAGCUGUAAAAGUUUAAUUAGAGGGAAUUUUGAUGCCCCACAUGGAGCAUGGUCUGCCUGGGUAUGUAAGAAAAGGUCAUGUGAUGAGGGAAGGGCAAGUAGAACCAGUUGGAUCUGGAAAGGGGUGUAGUGGAAUGAACCUUCAGCAGAGAGUCACGAAACCUGUGUUCAAGUAGCCUAAACCACUUACUAGCUUGUGUGAAAAUAUCUUUGCCUCUCUGAGCCUCAAGUUCCUUAUCUGGGGAUAACCCUUGUACUGCCCAUCUCACAGGGUUGUUGUGAGGAGAAUGUUUUGUAAAUGGUGAAGUACCAUAUAAAUGUGAGCUGUUAUUAAUCUAAA